UAGUUAAAGGUUAAUAAUGGAGGUAUUUAAGCACUCUGGAUAUUUACCUUUUUUUCCUGAGAUGUCAAAUACACCAAAACAAUAAAUAUGUAGAUAUGAAUUCGAACUUCUAAUAAUCAUCGUUUUAUUGACCUGUGACAUUUCAGACUUUGAAAAUAAUCAAACAAAUGAUAAAAUACAUUCAACAGAAUUAUUGUUCUUAAAAAAGGGAACUCAUGAUUAAAAAUGAAAAAUUUGUACAUAAUUUUCUUUGUGGCUAUUAUUUUAGUUGUGGUUAAAAAUGUGGAACCAGGAAUGCAACUUGAAGGCCACUGUGUAAAAGUUUUCUAUAAACAAAACAAUUACUACAACAUAAAAUGUUUUAAACUAGAAAACGACUUUUUGACUAUUAGAACGGACCAAAAUGACACAAUACAGCUAAAAGAAUCGGACGAAAUAGACAAUUGUUACACCUUAUUAAGAAACGGUAAAGAUGAAAAUGUAACUUGUUUAGACAUAAGUACCAUCAAUUGUGUUAGGCCAGGAGAACCUUCCUGGACUAAUGCUAAGAGAGAAAGUAGACAAGUUUCUUGUACAAGACAAGAAUCCGAGUCCCAAUUUUACAGCCUGGCACACAAAGACCUUGUAAUAUUAAUUAAAGAAGUGGGUCCCCACAGGCUCCUUAUUCAUAUUCCAAACUUAAGACCACCCCGAGAGUAGAAUAGGCGCAGAAGACAUAGUUUAAUAAAAUUGUAAAAAUAGUUCAAUUAACAUGUAUAGUUUUUGUUGAAUAUAUUUUAAAAUAUU